AAACAGACACAAUUGACCUUACAGACAAAGCUAACAAUGACGAUAUGGGAAGCAGCAGAACAUGGCCAUUUGGAUCUGGUACGACAAUACAUUGAUAACCUAUCAUCGAAACAAGAUCGUACAGCUUUAGUGAAUUCACGGGAACCUUCUACAGAUGCUACACUUUUACAUCUCGCCAUCACACAUACACCCAUGACUUGCUCUCCUACAACAACAACAAUGGACCAAGCAAUAGAACAACGAUUACAAUUGGUGACGUUACUUUUAGAACAUGGAGCCAGUGCAUCGGCAAGUAAUGUAUACAAUGUACAAGCGAUCCAUAUGGUUGGUCUUUAUAUUCCUAGGAUGUCGUUACCAUUCCUUGCUGUUUUACUGGAUCAUGGAGCCGAUAUCAAUGCUCGAGAUGGUGAUGGAUGGACACCUUUACAUUAUGCGGCGCGAUUCUGCCAACCUCCCGACAAGGUGGUACAAAGAUUGGUGGCAGAAGGGGCGGAUAUACAAGCAAAAGAUGAUACGGAUGGCAAGUCUUGUCUGUUUAGUCUGAUAGCCAAUGGUGAUUAUUUGGAUUGUUUACGAUGGAUGGUGGAAACAGCCAAGGCCAAUAUUCAACUACGUGGUGAUUUCCAAUUCAUCUCCGGCAAGGAACGGUAUGUUAUCAAACAAGCCAGUUUAGUACUUCAAGCAGUCAAGUAUCGAAGGGUUGCCAUGCUUCAUUACCUUGUCCAUGAUCGCUUUACUUACAAAAAGCUACGAACUGUGAUUUCUUUGGAUGAACUUGAUCAAGCACGUUCCUUGAUUCAGCAUGACUGGCAUGACAUUACUCAUGAUCUUCAACAUCUGACGUUACUUUUGGAACAGGAUCCGCAUUCACUUGUCUCGAAGCAACAACGUCUUCUUCGUCUGUCCACAUCAUCCUCCUUUUGGCCAUUAAUUCAACGCUCUCUAACAAGGCAUCAUAACUGGAUUCGAAAGAUGGGCAAAAUAUUUAUCAAUCGACUUACUUGAAUCAUCAUCUUGGAUAUUAGUAUAGAUCGAAUUUUUGUUUUUAUUAUUUUUUUUGAAAUAGAAUAAAACUAUUUUUAUAUUGAUG